GGUGUGCCGACCUCAACUAAAAAAAAUCCAAUACAUUGAAAUUGAUUUUGUAUCCAUAACUAUUUCAGCAGUGCAUGAGUUUGAAUUUGCAUCUUGAUAAUACAUAAUACCAACCCAAAACCUGGAAUCAAAUUGAAUUUACUAGAAGAACAAGUGCUCCGAUCAAUUGUUGUCAAUGUUUUCCCGUAACCUGGACAGAAACUUAGCAAGCUAGCGCUGUAUAUUGCACCGGCUAACUAGCAACUAGCUAACCGUUCGGUAGUUAGCAAUAGCUAGCGCUGCAUGUUUCUGGUCGCUGUUUUUCAUUUACAGUCGAGCGAGCGGUCAAUGUGGAGGCCGGAGCUGAGUCUUUCCUUAAGUGAAAGGUUUGAACUGAAAAGCCGGUACGCCGGUUGAUGUUGCGACGCUCAUUUUGUAUAUGAAUCGGCCGGUCGCUGCGUCCUUCUUGGUUCUGUCAGCGACGGACAUAGGAAGCGCGGCUGUGUCGCUCUCGUGCCAGGUCAUCCAAGGUGAAUGCAGCUGACUUGACUGGACUGAGGGUCGGGGGACGCACGGAGGGGUGCGGCAUGCUGGCGGGCGGCCGGGCGCGCGCGGCGUGACUGACCGAGACCAGCGGCCGCGGCGGGAGGCGGGCGGCGGACGGCGGGAAGCGGGCGGAGGCGGCGGCGAUGUCGCGGUGGACGGUGCACCUGGAGGGGGGGCCGCGGCGGGUCAACCACGCGGCCGUCGCCGUGGGACACCGGGUCUACUCCUUCGGGGGCUACUGCUCGGGCGAGGACUACGAGACCUUGCGGCAGAUCGACGUGCACGUCUUCAACGCAGUGUCCCUGUCCUGGAUGAAGCUGCCCCCGGUCAGGACGAGCGGCCGGGAGCAGGCCCGGGAGGUGCCCUACAUGCGCUACGGUCACACCGCGGUCCUGAUGGACGACACCGUCUACAUCUGGGGCGGGCGGAACGACACCGAGGGGGCCUGCAACGUGCUCUACGCAUUCGACAUCGGCACCCACAAGUGGUUCACGCCCGCCGUGUCCGGGAUGGUCCCGGGUGCGAGGGACGGGCACUCGGCCUGCGUGCUGGGCAAGACCAUGUACAUCUUCGGGGGGUAUGAACAGCUGGCCGACUGCUUCUCCAACGACAUCCACAGGCUGGACACCACCACCAUGGCCUGGUCUUUAGUCAACGCGCGGGGUACCCCGGCUCGGUGGAGAGACUUCCACUCGGCCACCAUCAUCGGGACGAAGAUGUUUGUUUUCGGAGGCAGGGCGGACCGGUUCGGGCCCUUCCACUCCAACAACGAGAUCUACUGCAACAAGAUCCAGGUGUUCGACACGCAGACCAACUCCUGGCUGGACUGCCCCUCCACUCAGAUACUGCCUGAAGGCAGGAGGAGCCACUCUGCCUUUGCCUUUAACGGGGAGCUGUACAUUUUUGGUGGCUACAACGCGCGCCUGGAUCGCCACUACAACGACCUCUGGAAAUUCAACCCCGAGAGCUUCUCCUGGAAGAAGGUGGACCCCCGGGGGAAGGGCCCCUGCCCCCGCCGGAGGCAGUGCUGCUGCAUGGUGGGAGACAAAAUCAUCCUGUUCGGAGGAACCAGCCCGUGUCCAGAGCAGGGAAUGGGAGAUGAGUUCAAUCUUAUGGAUCACUCUGACCUGUACAUCUUAGAUUUCUGCCCCGACCUGAAGACGUUAUGCAAGCUGGCGGUAAUUCAGUACCGACUGGAGCAGUCCGGCCUGCCCCAUGACAUCAGGUGGGAGCUGACGGCCAUGACCACCAACAGCAAUAUCAGCAGACCCAUCUUCAGCUCUCACGGCUGAACCGAGCCCUCGCCAGAACCAGAACCGGAAACCGGAACCAGAACCAGAACCGAAAUGUGACCGGGCUGCCAGCCGGGGCCACUUUUUUUUCCCUGUUCCCGUUUGAGGAACUUCAGCGCGCGUGACGGACAUUGGAAGUGUUUUCGUCGCGGGUCGGGGGCGAACCCGUCUGCCGCGGCGGAGCGCGAGCCGGAGCCUUCGGCGGCCUCCUUCUCCUCUUCCUCCCCGCGGACGCUGCGUGAUCGCGACGGCGCUACGGAAGCGGCGCUGGUCCCGGGAUCACAUUCACGCCGUUGCGUUUGGCUUUAGUUGCCGGUGGAGACCGGCUUGAGUACGGCAUUUAGAAACGCGGGCGCUUCUUCCGACUCUCGGGGAAAGAAGAACCGCGACAAGCUUUUGCGCUUUUUUUUUUUUUUUUUCUCAACUUGCAUCAACUAGCAUAAUCAGACACGCAAUCCGCACACAAAAAAAAGCAAUCCCCCCCCCCCCCCCCCCAGAACGGGACAGGGGGAGAUAAUCAACGUUUUCUCCGUCUCACACGAACAGAGGCGGGGGGGCCUCCCUCGCCCCUUUGUGGACAGACCGGUUCUGCCGGCAGCGGGGGGGUGGGGGGGCGAGCUCCGUAAAGCGUCUUCCAGACCGAGCGGCUCAGAAGCCAGGAGACUGCCGGCUCAGAAGACGCUUCUGAUCCGUACCCGACUCGUUCACCAUCACAUCAUCGCUUCCCUUCCGACCGCAGCCUGGUUUCCCCGCAUCGGUCACUGAUCACAGUGCAUUAUGGGUGUUUGACCUCUCUCAUUCACUUUCUCACUUUCUCUCUCUCGGUGUGUCAGGUACACACUGUACUUUAGACUCUGUUGCCACAUAUGUACAUGCCUGCUUUGCAUGGAUCUGCUACGGGUUGCCAGCUCAAAUCCUGCACAUUUUUCACUUAUUGACAUUUGGUGUGCCAUUGCUGAGGUUUUUAUGUUGGAAUUUUACAGAUUCUUUUUUUGGGACAUUAAAGUCAUUUCAUCAUUUAGUCAGGGGUUCAUAACACACAGAAAAAAUGUGUUUUAUCCUUAUGUUCCUUUGCCUUUUUUUAAAUCUUUAUUGCACAACCAUCACACAGACAAUUCCACUCGGUACUGUAGUAUUGCAGUGAAUUCAUUACCCCCGUGUACCUUCCCAUCAGGCCAUGGUACCCUGCAGCACAUAUCAGACACCACAGAGGAAGACCACAUAACCAUUCCUCCUGGGGCUGGUCUUCCUGCCAAUCUUUCCUGAAUCAACUCCUGCCAAAUAUACACAAGUCUGUAUGAAAUCAGGUCCUGGAAUGGAUUCACUUGAUCGUGUAAGAGUCAGGUGACUGACUGGGCACGCGAUCACAGUGAGGACCUGUGGCAUAGUAUUGUUUUCCUGUGCGUUUCAGUCGUGUGACCGCGGUUGGCGCUGGUUUGCUACACAGCCCCUCCCUGAGUCCUAUAGUUGUCACGGGAACCGUACGUGUUCCAAGUUUACGUUCAAAGACUUGAAGUUGUAUCCUCCCAUAAUGCUAAUCGCCUCUAUGUGUGAAGGCCGUAGAUGGUCAUUAUAGUUUACAUCAUAUCAGUUUUAUAUCAGUUACCUGGACCCUAAGAAGACACCAGGGCUGUAUUCAAGAUGAGAAAGACGUGACAGUACUGUCUCCCACGUCCGGUUGCAGAACGCUGUUGCUAUGGCAGCCUAUAGGGUGAUUCUGCGUGGUGUGGACACGGAUUAUCAAAACACGUCACUCGGUGCUUCUGGCCACGCCCCCUUCCCGAAACGUCCACCAAUCGGAAGCGAACACACCUCAAGGACCCAAGUUACAGAGCCAAUGUAAGCCAUUUGGGGGGUGGAUUUAGCAUUCAGCGUUCAAGGCAAACCUUAAGCUAAACGUUUUAGAUCUUGAAUGCGUCCCAGGUGAGGUCUUCACUUGGCAUCUUCUCAGCACAUCAUGUACUUUUGGAUGAAUUGGUUGCAGCAGAUUUGGCCCAUUCUGUGGGUAAUGAAAGCUUUGGAUGAGCUAGCCUAGCGCAGACUGCUUUUCAUGUUUUUUUUUUAGUUUUUGAAGAUUUUAGUUACAUUUUUUUUUUUUUGUCAUGUGCCCACAUUCAGUUCUGCUUUGGAGAUUAGAAAUCUAUCUAGUUCUGUUCUUUCAAGUCACUCAGUUACGCUUAUUUUUUCAGUGAACAAUUCAAAAAUACCCAUUUAAGUACAAUGAUACAUUUUAGAUCAAAUUAAACUGCACUAGACUGAUUUUUAUAACAAAAUUUCAAACGUGGUUAGAGUUGCCUUUUAGUUCUUUUAUAUAUAGAUUGGGGGGUUUUCUCUAAAACCUUUUUGGUACACUUGGAGUUUAUAAAUAAGCAUCGAUAGCUACCUGAUAUGAACAGGAAUAUUCCAGCAUUUUUUUUUUUUUUUGUGACUCUUCUCAUGGUGCAAUGAGGACGUUUGAUUGAAUAGGGAGGUACAUUGUUCUUUGUAUUAUCCAAAUUAUUGGCUUCGUUGAAGUUUAAAGGAAAAACAAAAAAAUCUGAUUGCAUUUUUUGUGAUACCCUUUACAAAAUUUUUGAUCUUGUUAAAUUCUCAGCACUGACUUGGAGGUUUAAUUUCAGUUUUUUCCCCCCAAGGAAAGGCCACAGUGCUUGGCGUUACAAUAAUGAGGCCUUUGAUCUGCUGUGCUUUUCAAGUAAUCAAUAAGGUGUACAGUUUGAUAUUUAUGAAUAAUUAGCAGUAUUGUAGGAUGAAUUUACAGCUCUCCUAUUUGUGAAGGAGGUUUACUGAAAAUCUGGUUGAUAACACUUUGUCUAUAAUCCAUAAAGCCUGUAUAACAUUCUCAUAACACCCAUUAUAAGCAUUUAUGAGUGCCUGUUGAUGCUGAAGAUCUGUCACAUCUGUCCUAAUGUAUGCGGUUAUAUUUUUCGAAACAUAUUUUGAAUGUAAGGUUCUCUGCGUACAUUAAUGACAGUGUCACAGCAUGCACUUUCAUGACUGGUUAUGACGGGGGUUAUGUCACGUUUAUGACAGUGUUAUGAAGGCUUCACGGCGUAUAUACUCCGGCAGUGUAACCCUCUGGUCCAUGUCCAGUGAAGCGAACAUUCGAGAGCGGCGUUGUGGAACUGACAGAUUUGCGUUGAGUGUGGAAAGAGCCCCGAUUAAUGAUUACUCCUCCUGAUCUUCUGCAGCAGACCUGAUGGGACGCAUUAAAUUUAUUCGGUGAAGGGAACCGUGAACGAGACCGCCGAGCGUCGCAGAGAGGGCGCGGUUCCCGCUAAGACUCCGUUCAUGCAGGAGCGACCGGGGCGGCGCGUGGUUCUGCUCUUAAAUCGGCGUGCGAAUCUUCCCAGGCGGACUUGCGUGGGGCGAUGGCGCCAUUUUGCUUUUUUUUUUUUUUUUUUUUUUUUUUGCAACGUGCGUUCAGUUUUAACGUGUGUUGAUAGGUAGACUAGAAAUGAAAUAUUGCCCAAUGAGAUCAUUUGUAUGUAAAAUAAUAAUAACGUUCAGCAAUAUGUGUAAGACGAGUGAGUGGUGCCGGAGAACGGCAGAGGCCCCGUUAAGACGAGCGUUUCCGUGACGUUUAAAAAGGGCUCCUGCUGUGUCGCUCGGCUCUCUUCAGCUGUGACAUCAUUGCACAAAGAUUCAGGGGCGCGACGGUCGCUUUACGUCUAUGGUAUAGAAAAAAAAAGAAGAGAAUGAAUAAAAAUGAAGGUUUAUCUGCCAAGGCUAAUCCACUUUUAUUGUGCAGUAUGGUCUUUAAUUGUACAAAUAAUAAAAUGGAUGAAAUUGAA